CGCGCGCGGGCGCUUGGGCACGAUGGCGCGGGAUGUCGCCCCGUGUAGCGACAGUCGGCCUGAUGCGAGCGGCGCCCCUGGCUGGCCAUCCUCGGCCAAGCGUCGGGAGGCGCGCAAGGCGGCGGCUGCGGCGGCUGAGGCAGCCGUGCACCGCCUGUCGCUCGAGGCGCGGGCCUGGCGCAGGCUCUACGAGGACCUCGCGGCGGCCCUCGGGGCUACGGGCGCAUACGGUGAGCUGAGCAGGCGCUUGGCAGCGGCCGCCCCAGCCUUGGCUGCCUUUAUCCGUGGGGAGGUGUUGACUGCGGUCGAGCGCCUGAGACGGAACGUGGCCCUCCAUGCGGAAGCUGAGGGCGUCGACCUGCUGGACGCUGGGGCUGCGCAGCUCCGCGUGGCGCAGCACGGCCCGAGGCUCGGCGCAAAGUCCGCGGCUCCCGAGGCGGGCGCCUUCGGUGGUGCCUUAGAGAAAACGGCUGGGCGAUGAGCCUGACGAGAAUGUGUGCGCCCUUUCUGGCAGGUGCGGAGGCGGCGGGCCCGCUUCCUGAACUGCCCGCUGGUGCGCUGUAUGCAAUGGACCUGGAAAAGGCCCUCUCGGGACCGCGGUGGGCGCCAGGCGUGUGGGCCACGCCGCAUGCCGAGACGGUGUCCUUCGUUUCGGGCCCGGCGGCGGGCCGGCACCUGGCCGAGCGCGAGCCUCAGCUGCCGCCAGGGAUGCGUUGCACAUGUGGUGCCGCUGUCGUCUCGGCCCCGCUGCGGGCCCCCCAGGCGCCCCUGGCGGCGUGGCAGACGGGGUGCGCCUUGGCGCCGCCGCCGCGCCCAGCGCUUCUGGAGUGCAGGUCAGGUCCAGGUGCGUCUGGCGAGGGCUCCGACGUAGACGACGCGCUCCUCGACGGAGAGGCCGACGCGGCCACCCCGAGGCCGCCAGACGCCGUACAUGUGGGAAGUAUUGCAGCCGCCGCUGCUGCGUACCUCGCCGCCUUUCCGCAGGCCCUCCUCAGCGGGGGCAGCGGCGGCAGGGCUCGCUGCGAGGUCGCGGCAGGGGCCUGGUGGCGUGCGAGGGCCGUUGUCGCCCGCGCUUGGCUCACCGCUGGUGCUGCGACGGUGCAGGAGGGCGGCACUGCGGGCUCUGCCGCCCCGCCGCCGCCGCUGCUCGACCAGAUCGUGCCCCCCGGUGGGCAGGUCGCGCGGGCCGAGUGCCCGCUGCCAGGGUGCGCUGCCGGCGCCGAGGCUCCGCCGCCUCUGCGGAGAGUCCGCUUCGCAGAUGCCCCGCGCGUAUUCGAGAUUGGGAGCUGCUUGGGCAUGCGUGGUGUCCUUCGGCGGCCGAGCGCGCCAGAGUUUCUGGGCCCCGCCUGGGCGCGCCACGCAAAAGCCGUCGACCUGAUGCACAUGAUCGAAGGCGACUCCUUUGGCUUCAGGAUCCCUCCCACUCGGAGACCGGAGCGACAUAGGGCGAGAUUCGCGGACGAGUCUCGUCUGGUCGAGGCCCUUCCGCCAGGGAUGUCCGUGGAGCGUGUCAGAGAGAUCGAUCGCCUUCUCAGAUUGCGCGCAGGACAGCAGCUCGUGUGUAUUCCCCUCGUCUGGAGAUCGUUUGGCAAUCCGCGACUCACAGUCUCCAUAUGUGCUUGUGUGAGCUGGAGAACAGGCUGAUGCAACACAUGUGCGUUACCGACUUGUUUCGGCCGUUGUGGAGGCACGGUCUGUGUUUGCAUUCUAUAGGGAGUGAUGGAUUCGACGGCGCCAGCGUUGUCGGUGCUCCUCGUGGGACGUCUUGCCCAUGCGUGUUCGGAAUGCCUUAUGAGUGAUGGUUCGCCUUGCACGUCUGUGCCGCGGCCUUCUGAGUGUUGGCUCGCCUCGCACCGCUUGCGUGCUUUUCCCAGGAGUGUCUCUUUGGCUUAUGAGACCCUGGAAGACCCCUUGACGCGAGGUUGGGCCUUCCCUUGGGGCCAAGGUGCUCCGCCUGCUCUGUACGGGGACGGCCCUUGUAGGCCCUCUGGGAUUGGCCCAGUGGAGGCCUGGGCUUUGGCGCCUCAGUGGUGCCCCCCAGCCUUUUAUAGGCCCUGCAGAACCAGAACCAGGCAGACCAGACCAGCACGGCAGUCUAGCCUGGGAGACCAUUUUUGUAGCCCAGACCGGCACGCAAAACAGCACAACAGACCAGCGUGUUCUCUACGCAC